AUGGAACAAAACUAUCCUAGUGGAUGGGAAAAGAAGAAAAGACAAAAAGCAAAGAAACAAGAAAUACAGCGUUUGUCGGGUUCACUGUUGAAAUUUACUCAAAGGGCGUCAUCCCAAGCGAUCAAUGAAAUAGAGCAACCAGAGGUCCAACAUCUAUUGAGUCCAAGUCCAAGUACAAGCUGUUAUCAACUAGAUAAAAACAAGCAUUCAAGAGCAAGAAGAAAAAACGUGACCUUAGAACCGACAUUAUUAGGGCAGAUAACAACAAAUUGGUUUUAUAAACAGCUUCCUAGUGGAGAAAAGAUUUUAAGGAAAUGGAUGAUUUAUACUCAUGAAAAAAGAUCGCUGUUUUUCUUUUGUUGCAGGCUCUUCUAUAUAAACGAUAAGAACGUCCAGUUUCAUCACAGGAUUCAGCAGUUGGUGAAAAUUGAAUCUUAA